AUGUUUAGUCCCAAUCAACAGGAGAAGGAUCGAGCUGCAACAAUCCGAUCCAUUACAAAAAGAUUGUUGAUAUACUGGGAGGAAAGAAAGCUCUUCAUACAAAAUCCAGCCAUCAAUAUGGUGGAAUUCACUCAUGAAAGUACGGAAGACCAGGAGGAAGAAGAUUUACAGGAGGAAGUGUUCGAUUUUCUGCCAGUAGCACUAGAUGACUCUCUGCCAGAAGUGGAAGAUCCUUUACAGGAAAUAAACCUAGGGACAAAAGAGGAUCCAAGACCUACUUUUAUUAGCGCAGUAUUGAAAGAACCACUUAAGAGAAAUGCCAGGAUUAGACAGCGAAUUGGUGGAGCAUAA